GCCGCUGCCGCCGCCGCCGUCGUAGCUGCCGCCGUCGCUGCUGGAGAAAAAGCAAAAGCAGGGAAGCCCCAGAGUGAAAUCCACCAUCCUGCAGGCUGGUCUGCUCGCCCCUCUUUCCUUCUUCCCCGACCCCUGCCCCCUCCCCCACACAGGUGCCAUCCGCCGCCAUCCGCCCUCUCUACCCCCCCAUCCCCAGGUGAGGGGGGUGAGUUCAGGAGCAGAGACCCCGAGGAACCCAGCAGGGUCACCAUUUGCAGCGCAACAUGGCAGGAGCUGGAGGAGGGAAUGAUAUUCAGUGGUGUUUUUCUCAGGUGAAAGGAGCCGUAGAUGAUGAUGUAGCAGAAGGCACUUCACGCAAAGAAGCCCAGGUGAUGCUUUUAAGUUACGUCCCGGCCUGCGAAUUGCAAGGUCUGAGGUUCAAACCCAUCCACUACUCAGUGGGAGGAAGAUUUACCAAGCCUCGGAAACUAUACAGGGUUGAUCUGAGUCGGAAUCAACUCGGUGACAGGGAGAAGGUGAGGCACUUCGAUCAAGCCACCAAAGACCUGGUGACACAGUGUUUACGCACUGGACAGUUUAAACGCACCUCCAGCUCCAGUGGAAACAAAAUCCAGUCUCAUAGCAGAGGAGAAUAUAAUGUUUACAGCACCUUCCAGAGCCAUGAACCAGAGUUUGACUACUUGAAAAGUUUAGAAAUAGAAGAAAAGAUCAACAAAAUUAGGUGGUUGCCCCAGAAAAAUGCUGCUCAGUUUUUAUUGUCUACCAAUGAUAAAACCAUAAAACUAUGGAAAAUUAGUGAAAGGGACAAAAGACCAGAAGGGUAUAACUUGAAAGAGGAAGAUGGAAGGUACAGAGACCCUACUACAGUCACUACACUACGAGUACCAGUCUUUAGGCCCAUGGAUCUAAUGGUUGAGGCCAGUCCACGAAGAAUAUUUGCCAAUGCUCAUACAUAUCACAUCAACUCUAUUUCUAUUAAUAGUGAUUAUGAAACAUAUUUAUCUGCAGAUGAUUUGCGGAUUAACCUUUGGCAUCUGGAAAUUACAGACAGGAGUUUUAAUAUUGUGGACAUUAAGCCUGCCAAUAUGGAAGAGCUCACUGAGGUGAUAACAGCAGCUGAGUUCCAUCCAAACAGCUGUAACACGUUUGUAUACAGCAGUAGUAAAGGAACUAUUCGGUUAUGCGACAUGAGGGCAUCCGCCCUCUGCGACAGGCAUUCUAAAUUGUUUGAAGAACCUGAAGAUCCCAGUAACAGGUCAUUUUUUUCUGAAAUCAUCUCUUCGAUUUCUGAUGUAAAGUUCAGCCAUAGUGGUCGAUAUAUGAUGACUAGAGACUAUUUGUCAGUCAAAAUUUGGGACUUAAAUAUGGAAAACAGGCCUGUGGAAACAUAUCAGGUGCAUGAAUACCUCAGAAGUAAACUUUGUUCGCUAUAUGAAAAUGACUGCAUAUUUGACAAAUUUGAAUGUUGUUGGAAUGGAUCUGACAGUGUUGUCAUGACUGGGUCUUACAAUAACUUCUUCAGAAUGUUCGACAGGAACACAAAGCGAGACAUAACCCUGGAAGCAUCCCGGGAAAACAAUAAACCUCGCACAGUUCUGAAGCCCCGCAAAGUCUGUGCAAGCGGCAAGCGGAAGAAAGAUGAAAUCAGUGUUGACAGCCUAGACUUCAACAAGAAAAUACUUCAUACAGCCUGGCACCCCAAGGAAAAUAUCAUUGCUGUAGCCACUACAAACAAUCUGUAUAUAUUUCAAGACAAAGUGAAUUAGGGUUGGCAUUCCUAGCAGAAGAACCCACUUCCUGCUUAGUUGAGAUAGUUGAAUCUAGCAUUCGUAUCUAUAAAAGAGAGAGGUCCAUUGUGGCACCCCUUUCCAGUGUUUAACAAUGUGCCAUUUGACAACACAUUUGUAUAGCUGCAUGGAGAAAGCUCUGUUGGUUCGUCACUGUGUUCUUCUCCAUGCCGGCUAGCCAUGUAGGUAAGGGUAGGGCACUUUUCAUUUAAAUGACUUCUUGCACCAUCUUGCCUAAUGGACUAGAUUGGACUGUAUCAACAUUGAUUUACUCCACUUUUUAUGCCUUCCAUUGUGAUGACUCAAACACAGUGAAAGCCUUCAGUCAUGCUGUGGGAUUUAAUUGUGUAUCCUCAUACUGUAUCAUUGGUGGGGUACACCCAUUCCCCUUUUUAAAUUAAAUACAGCUCAUUCUUACUGUGGCUUGUAGCAUUCCUCCUCUCCUGGACUCCUCCCCCUCAUCUCUCGUACCCUGCCCCUCCCCCCAGUCUUGGGGGUGGUGUCUAAAAAAGAACGAACGAAAGCACACAGUGAGUCAGCUUGGGGUCCGUGGUAAAGGGGGACAUGUUGCAAACAAAUGUUUUAAAUAACAGUUGGCUGUAAUCACUCCUUGCCAUGUCUGGCACUGAAAAUAAGGGAAACAAACUACUGAAUAAAAGUGACAAAGAAUGGAGAA